ACCGCCUAUCACUGUGAAGCAGGACGGCUCCGGAAACCUGAACCGGCUUCCGUCAGAAUCUGACCCGAACACGUGGUGAAAGGGUUCAUUAAUCCAUCAGCAGCAGGAGACAAAGAUAACGCCUUGGACCCUAUGGACGCAGACGCUCUCCGGGAUGCCAUGCCUCCCGCCACAAACUUGCCAGCUGAACUCCUCGUGGACAUCUUCACCCGUCUCUGUUCUCCCCUCGCAGGCCCUCCCGAACCACGACCUCACAAUAAGGCAGAAUUUAAGUCUGUGAUGAACUGGAAUCCAGCUGUCGCACAAGUGUGCCGAUAUUGGAGAUCUGUGGCGAUGGAAACCCCACCUCUGUGGAACGUCCUUGACCUUUCAAAGCCAAAGCUCGCCCUUGCGCUAUCGCGCCGAUUCACGUUCCAGCUCUAUGUCACCUUGGUCCAGGGGUUUGAAUAUGUCGCAUGGGAGACUUUUCUCAUGAUUCUCCACGAGGCAGGUUCUCGCAUCGUGAAUUUGACCAUACCCGGCGUGCGCAGCGAGUCGGAUGCGGAGGCGAUUGUGGAGGUGCUACAUGGCCAUGCGCUUUCCUUGAGCCAGCUCAAUGUGGAUGCACUCUCGGACUCGCCAGAGGACACGUCUCUUGUUCCGCUAUACGCCCUACACGCUCCUAUCCUCACCAACCUUUUUCUCAGCAACGCUCCUGUGAGCCAUUGGGGCUCUCCAAUCAUGCGUUCCUCGAGCCUCCGUAAACUCGCUAUCCAUGGCGCCGGCACGCAGACGGUCAAUAUCUCCGCCGUCGUAGAGACAUGCCGACAGCUGACGUCCCUGGUGACCGUCGAUUGGCAACUAUCCUCACUCCAUGAUGAUCUCGACCUCAAUUCGUCGGUGCGCGUGCGCAUGCCCAACCUUCACGGCGUGGUGCUAACGGGGCCCGCGUCCGCGUGUGCGACGUUUCUCCGAUACGUCGUGCCCCGAGAAGAUGCAAUGGUCAUGGCGAAGUGUAUGCCUACCCAAGACAUGCAAUGCGCGCGCUUCUGCCAGCCGCUUUGGAACGCAUUGACGAAGAAUCGCUACGUUGAGAGCGCACCCGGACCAUUGAACCUCAGAUUAUUCCAACUUGAUGGUGUCCUCCUCCUGGUGUUGGGACUUCCUAAGAAAACCGUACACAUCAAAGAGUUCAAGAGCAUCGUCUUCUUUCACUCGAAACCAGCCGAGCACCUUCAGAUCAUGCACUCACUUGGCUCUCAAUUCGAGCAUCCCGCCAUCACGAGCUUGACGAUAUCCACGUGGAUUGGUCUGACCUGCGUCAUGGAAUGGGCUACGUUCUUCGGGUACUUUUCGCAGAUCCACACGCUGUACCUGGAGAACCCUAUUUCGGCCGUUGUCAUCUUCACCGCGCUGAACGUGGAUGUCCCUGGCACGCGCAAACGCGAACUGCUGCCCAAUUUGAAGGAGAUCGUCAUACAGGACAACCUGAAAGACUUCGUCACAGAAGAAGCACCAGAGCUCGAGAGCAAUAGCUCUCUGUGGUUCGAUGCAUGUCGAAAGUUCCUCGAGACACGUCGGUCCGAGGCCGAGCGCGGGGAUGUCAAGCCUCUCGAAGCGCUUCACGUGCAGAACUGUUAUAAUUUCAAGACGGCCGAUCUGGAGAUACUGCAAAGCUUGGUUCCUGUGUUCUUAAACGGGAAUCCGCCAUUUUGGGUGGACGGGUUGUGAUUUGGUUUAGUUGGCCUGCUCUUUUACAUGCACCGGAUUCGAGUUUCAAGUUUCUGGUAGAAUACCCUGCUCAUUGGAUACAAUACUCGGUGCCUCUCAUAUUCCUGGACCGUUUGCGGCAUUGCAACUUGCUAAUAAGAUGGAGUAGGGAUUGAAGCGCUGACAGCGGUUGAUCCGAUACACGUGGAAUCCGCUAUCAUCCGUUUCCCUCCCAACAUAGCAUGCAAUCUCGCUAUGAUUAUCAACAAGACAUUCCAAGAACUACGUCUCACUUGACACAUCCCGGAUGCGCAACCAAGAGGAGGCGUCACUCCACGCUGCGUACCUACCUGUACUGGUUCUC